GAAGUUUUGCCUGCCCUCUUUAAAUGAAGUGGCUAACCCUAACCUGCUAAAGUCACACUCUUGCAGGAUUAGGAUGAUAACACUGGCAUGGCGUCGCUCAGCCUGCAGGAAUAACCGUGUGGAUUCUGCUGCUGCUCGGCUUUUAGCUGCACCUUUUCUGGCAUCGGAGAGACCUCUGCGGAACUCAGGGGGACAUUUAAGGUGUUUCGGACUAAUCCACCCCCGCCCACCAAGCAUCAGAUCCCCGCUGCACCACCACCAGCAGCCGGCCUACCACCGCAGAUCAUCAGUGUUUAUGAGCAUGGCGUCUGCUCACAAACACACCAACAGGCUGAGCUUGGAGAGGUCUCCCUACCUGCUGCAGCACGCUCACAACCCCGUGGACUGGUAUCCGUGGGGAAAAGAGGCUUUCGACAAGGCAAAGAGCGAAGACAAACCCAUCUUUCUAUCAGUUGGAUACUCAACAUGUCACUGGUGCCACGUCAUGGAGAGAGAGUCUUUCGAAGAUGAGGAAAUCGGAAAAAUCCUGAGCGAUAACUUCGUCUGCAUCAAAGUGGACCGAGAGGAGCGGCCAGACGUGGACAAAGUCUACAUGACCUUCAUUCAGGCUACCUGUGGAGGUGGAGGUUGGCCCAUGAGUGUGUGGUUGACCCCCGACCUUCGACCUUUCAUUGGAGGAACGUACUUCCCUCCUACAGACCAUGCACGAAGACCCGGGUUGAACACGGUUCUCACAAGAAUCCUGGAACAGUGGCAGAAUAACCGCCCCGCUCUGGAGUCUAACGGAGCAAGGAUCCUUGAAGCUCUGAAGAAAGGCACGGCGGUCUCUGCUAACCCCGGAGAGACUCCUCCUUCAGCUCCAGAUGUGGCUCAGCGGUGUUUCCAGCAGCUGGCUCACUCCUACGAGGAAGAGUACGGAGGAUUCAGAGACGCUCCAAAGUUCCCCACACCAGUGAACCUGAUGUUCCUCAUGUCCUUCUGGUCGGUGAACCGCUGCUCCUCUGAGGGGGGGGAAGCUCUGCAGAUGGCCCUGCACACUCUGAGGAUGAUGGCGCGGGGGGGCAUCCACGACCACGUGGCUCAGGGUUUCCAUCGUUACUCCACUGAUAUCUCCUGGCAUGUUCCUCACUUUGAGAAGAUGCUGUACGACCAGGCUCAGCUGGCUGUAGCCUACAUCACUGCCUCCCAGGUCUCAGGUGAGCAGCUGUUUGCCGACGUGGCUAAAGACAUUCUGCUGUACGUCUCCAGAGACCUGAGUGACAAGUCCGGAGGUUUCUACAGUGCGGAGGAUGCCGACUCUGUCCCGCCGUCGGGGGGGGCGGAGAAGAAGGAGGGGGGGGCAGAAAAGAUGGAGAAGAGGGAGGGAGCUUUCUGCGUCUGGACGGCGGCGGAGGUCCGGGAUCUGUUUCCAGAAGUUGUGGAGGGAAGCUCUGGAGCGACUCAGGCGGACGUCUUCAUGCAUCACUACGGGGUCAAAGAGCUGGGGAACGUGGACCCUGAACAGGACCCCCACGGGGAGCUGGGGGGUCAGAACAUUCUGAUCGUGCGUUACUCCGUGGAGCUGACAGCUGCUCGCUUCGGCCUCAGCGUGGACAGAGUCUCCGAGCUACUGAGCGCCGCCAGAGCCAAGAUGGCCGACGUGAGGAAGACCCGGCCCCGCCCACAUCUGGACACCAAGAUGCUGGCCUCCUGGAACGGUCUGAUGCUGUCGGCCUACUCCUGUGUUGGAGCUGUCCUGGAGGACAAGGCUCUGCUGGAGAGAGCGGUUCAGGCUGCUAACUUCCUGAAGGAGAACCUGUGGGACGCCGAGCGACAGACCGUCCUCCGGUCCUGCUACAGAGGAGAAGACAUGGAGCUGCAGCAGAUAUCUCCUCCUAUCUCCGGCUUCCUGGACGACUACGCCUUCCUGGUCUCAGGUCUGCUGGACCUGUACGAGGCGUCGCUGCAGACGCAGUGGCUUCAGUGGGCCGAGCAGCUGCAGCUCAGACAGGACGUGCUGUUCUGGGAUCAGCAGGACGGAGGGUACUUCUGCAGCGACCCCAACGACACCUCCAUCCUGCUGCAGCUCAAGAAAG